AUGUCUGAACGCAAAGUGUUACAGAAAUACUACCCACCGACGUUCGAUCCUCGGGAGCUGACUCGACGUCGCGGUCCUAAACAAGAAGGAAACAGAAUCCAAACUAUUCGACUUGCCGCGCCCUUCUCGUUGAAAUGUAUGACAUGCGGAGACUACGUGGGCAAGGGCAGAAAGUUCAACGCCCGAAAAGAGACACCCCUAGACGAGAAAUACCUAAACAUCCAGAUAUUCUACUUCCACAUCAAGUGCCCCCGAUGCUCGGCGGCGAUUAUGUUCCGGACAGAUCCCAAGAACAACGACUACGCCAUGGUCAGCGGCGCGCUGCGCAACGUCGAGCCCUGGCGGAACAAGGAGGAGGCCGAGGAGACGAUGGAGGAGCGGCUGGACCGGCUAGAGAGGGAGGAGGCCGAGGCGGCGGGCGAGGAGGAGAAGAACGCCAUGGAGGAGCUGGAGGCGAAGAACGCGGACGCGAGGCGGGAGAUGGCCGCGGCGGAUGCGCUCGACGAGAUCCGCCACCGCAACGCCAGGAUUCACAGGUCGGAGAAGGAGGGGACCGACUACGCCGAUGCGGUGGUGCGGGCUGAGGAUGAGGACAGGAUCAGGCAGGAGAUGGAGGACGACGCUGCGGCGAAGCGGGCGUUUGCUGCGGCCAGGGGCCAGGCAAGCCUGACUUCGGAUGAGAGCACCACUGGGUCCACAUCUGUGCACUCCUCGGAGGUGUUAUCGGAUGACCUUCUGAUGCCUCCGCCAGCCAAGCCUGUGGCUGUGAGUGUUGAAGCUGCUGCCCCGAGUACAUCAUUCAAACGGGUUGUCAAGAAGAAAAAGAACCAUUCGGCUCUCCUUGGAAUCAAAAAGAAGAAGGCUUUAGUAUAA